CCCUCUCUCUCUCCCCUUCAUCUCACCUCCAGCCACUCAGCGCUCCCUCUUCCUCUUCAGCAGCACCGCCCGCUCUCUUUCUCUUUCUACCUUUCUUUAUUUCUCUCUCUCACUCUCUCUUUUUUCCUCUCCUCCUUUCUUUGGCUCACAGAAGGUUCCCAGGCUCCUGGUCCGUGCCUCUGCCCGUCCGCCUGAGCGUCCGACGAUCCCACUGAAGCUCCAGCACCAACCGGGACACAGACUCUCACAAAGCUGCUGAGAUGGCGAUGAACAGCAUUCUCAACGCUGCCGACAUCAAGAAAGCUCUAGACGCCUUCGCAGCGGCUGACUCUUUUGACCAUAAGAAAUUCUUUGAGAUGGUGGGUCUGAAGGCCAAGUCAGCUGAGGAUGUGAAGAAAGCCUUCCUGGUGCUGGACGCUGACGCCAGCGGAUUCAUAGAGGAGGAGGAGCUCAAGUUCGUACUGAAGGGAUUUGCCUCAGACGGCAGGGACCUGACCGACAAAGAAACCAAAGCAUUCUUAAACGAAGCUGACAAGGAUGGAGACGGCAUGAUCGGCAUCGAUGAGUUCGUUGCCCUGGUGCACGAGUAAUAGACACCUUCCUAAACCGACUAGCGCUCCACCACCCAGCCCCGAUACUCCCCCUCUUCCAGUCUGCAGCCGACCCCCCCACACGCGCCCCUUCCUCCCCCACCUCAUCCCUCCACCUGCCCUCACUGACACCCAGCUCUCUCCCACUCAAGCGCACGACUACUACUGCACCGGAGGAAGGGUGUCGUGGCUCCCGCCCCCACACCGCUAACUUACCCCUCUCCCCCACUCCCACUCCCACCCACAACCCCAUCCUAUUUAUUUUUUCCUUUUUAUACAAACGUAUGUGUUUCUGUUUCUGUAUAGUUAUCAGACCGCCUGGAAGGCCAAUAACCUCAAGUUAAAAAAAUAAUGUAGAUAUUUCAAAAUGAGAGAAAGUCAUUUCUCCUUUGAGUUGAUUUUACUUCACCCCCCUUUUUCUCUCUCCCUCUCCCCCCACUCUUUCUCUUUCUCUGUCCCUUGUUUCUGUCUCUUUCUAUCUCUAUUUCAACUUUCUGGCACUGCUCUCCUCCUUUCCUUUCCUCCCCAUCCCUCCAUCCCUCUCUCCUUUGGUAAUGAGCUGUUGUAAUAACACACCAAAAGAUGAAACUGUGAAAGAACAAAAUAAAAUAAAAUAUAAAAAUGCCUCAAGAACAA